AUGGUACGAGCCGUAACGCGCGAAGUCAGAGAUCUCGAUAAAGACGUGAACGAACUGCUGGAGCCUUUUCAGGGUUCCUUCGACCCAUCCGCGGACCAGGCGACCGCGUGCACGCUACUCGUCAACCACCUCUCGAUGCGCAGAAACAAGCGAUGCCUUCUCGCCUACCACCGAACUCGAACAGAUAAACUCGAAGAGCUGGCUUGGAAGGGAGUCGACGUACUCGACCUGUCCGGACAGCAAGUUCGUCACGCAGGAUCGGCCGGCGGGGCGAAUGGCAGUGCAGACGGGCCAACAAGCAGUCUCAGCCCGCAAGAGGAGGAGUACGUGAGACAGUAUGGCGACCUGCUGGCCGCCUACAAGGGACAGUGGACUGAUAUUGACUUGACGGGGAGCUUGGAGCCGCCUCGUGACCUGUUCAUCGACGUGAGGGUUCUGAAGGACGCAGGAGAGAUACAAACCGAAUAUGGCGCCAUCAACCUGACAAAGAACAGCCAGUUCUUCGUGAGGCAGGGAGACGUUGAGCGGCUCAUAGCGCAAGGUUACCUCCAAAAACUCAGCUGA